GCAACAAGCCCUUCACUCAAACCAGAAAGGAAUCUAGUCAUCCACCUUCAAACAAUUUUGGGAAUGCAUCAUAAGGGGUGGACAGAAUCUUAUGCAAUGCUGAAAUCUAAAGCUCACAAACCAAUCCUUCAAAGCAUUACCGAAGAAGAAUCAUUGCCCCAACAGUAAUUGAUACGAAUUGAACUAUUCAGCCUUGGUGCUACGCAUAGGAGGAGGCACUAGUAAUAUCCUGGUGAACUGCGAGCGAGCAAUGUGUAAUGUCAUUCAACAAUCCAUUAGCCUAAAUACCACUUCAUUGAAAACUCAUUAUGAUUGAAUUGCAUCCGAUUGCAGGGCACUGACGAGGCUACCAAGUUUUGGAGCUACUUCUGCAAUAACUUAUUCUCACCGAAAGAACUUUCCGAAUCAAAACUCGGGGCAAGCACCACUAAUCUCUCUAUUUAUGCAUGUAAUAACACAAUUUUUUUUUCAUAAAAAAGGAUAUAAUAACACAAAAGAGAGGCCAAAGUCCAGGGAAUUAUCAUGGAAGAGAACGCGUAACUAGAAAGGGAAGGGGAUCGCCAAACUUGUAAUGAACCUUGUGAAGGCCGUUUCGUUGGGCGAUCUUAGAAUUCAGCUGUCGAAAACAGCUAUUAGGUCUUCUCGAGAUGGAAAUUCUGAGGUGCCGUGAUCGAUCUUUUUCUUCUCUCCUCGCUAUCAGAUCUGGUGUUUUUUUUAUCCGUAGUCGGAAACUGGACUGUAACACCGCCGGGGUGCAAGAAUGGCGGGCACGAUUGGAAGUGGGGAGGACCGGAGGAGAAAUAGCCAACAGGAGGAGGGUUUGGAAUAAUUGUUCAAAUGAUACUAUAACUUUGGUACGUACACAAAAUGGUGAUAUCUCUUCUAUGUUUUGCCAAAAUGGUAUCGUAAUUUUGGUAUUUAGUUGCCUUCUUCUCGCCUUUCCGAGAGGAGUCAAACUAACUAACGACUCGCCGGUGGGAGACGAUGGAAACAGGGAGAGUGACAGUGGAAAGAGUCGGAGGGAAAUCGACGGUGACAAGAUCCUUCUCAAAGUAUCCUCUCAAAUUUAUCCUUCCCAAUAAGGUGGGUUCUGCAGGGACCGAUGCUGUGUGGAUUUACGCACUCACAUAUGGUGGCGGUAUUGUUUCUGGUGACCGUAUAUCUUGUGAAUUUUUCGUUGGAAAUGGCUGCACAGCUGUGUUAACCACCCAAGCAUCCACCAAGGUUUACAAGUCCCUGGGGUCCAGAUGUUCUGAACAGCUGCUGGAGGCAAGGAUAGGGAGUGAUGCCCUUUUGGUAGUGAUUCCUGAUCCAGUCACCUGUUUUUCAACGGCGAGAUAUGCUCAGAAACAAGUGUUCAGAGUUGUUGCAGACUCUAGCAGCUUGCUACUUGUGGACUGGAUUACAAGCGGGCGACAUGAGAGCGGGGAGAAGUGGGAAUUCGAGCUUUAUAAGAGCACCAACCAGAUACUCUUGGUUGAUGACGAUGAUCGGCCCUUGUUUGUUGACUCGGUAUUGCUGGAACAAGGAAGCAUCUCAAGUAUUGCAGACCGCAUGCUGGACUACCAAGUCAUUGCAAUGAUCGUAAUCUUGGGGCCCAAGUUGAAGAACAUCCAAAACCAAGUCCACGAAAGUGUAAAAAGGUUGAUGUCUGACCAACUGCAUAUGCCUUACUCUGGCGUGAGAGCCAGCAGCAACCAUGCCAAACCGAAUUCCAGCAGCGCCUUUAAUAACAAGCCUCAACUCGUUGCUUCUUGCAGUCCAUUUGGUCCCAAGGGUGUGGGAGUUGUAGUCAGGAUAGCAGCCACAACAACUGAAUCAGUGUACAAGUUCUUGAACCAUCAACUGAGUGGGAUGGAGUCGCUCAUCGGUGUCCCACCUUAUCGUUGAAUUUGCUCUUUGCUUUCCUGGUGUGUUCGAAAAAUCGCCAGUUGAUUCCUUGUGAUCGUAUUGUUUGUAAGCGAACUAUGAACUUCUGUUCCUGUCUGCAAAAUGUUGCUGAUUUUUCUCUGUGAUUUGACUAAAUGGUUUAACCCUUCGAAUUGUGGAAGUUCUCAUUCAUUUCCGGUUCUCGAUAGUCAAAACCUUACCAAAACCUGUCCAUCUGGAGCUUUUGCACCAUCUUGUGCUGUCCGUGAGUAAAUGGUGAUGGAGAAAUUCAUCAAAGUUCUCCAAAUUUUUGAAGAGUGGAUUCUGAUUAGAGUGGAUUUGACGAUUUGUUUUAUUAAUAUUCACUCGACUCAUCAAUCAACUCGUAAGAUCGAAUCGAGCUUUGAUAUCAUAUUGUUUAGUUCAUAAGUUUCAAUGGUGCACAUCAUUUAUUUAAUGGUAAUUAGUAUCUAAUCAAUUUAUAAUACAUAAUUUUUCUUUUAUAUUGUACGUGAGAUAUAUUAGCUUGCUCGGUUUUAAAUAUCAUAUGUGGUGGUGCAUAUAAUCUACAAAACCUAUUAUAUGAACUAUCAAUAUAUCAAUUCAUUAGCUAUCAAUUGAUUCGCUCAUAAGCUCCUAGUUGAGGUGCCUCGCUAGUCACACUGUCAAGUCAACUCGUUGCUCAAAACGAUGUAGCUCACCAGUUGACUUCAUCAAGCCACUGAGUCGAAUUAGCUUACGAGCACAGCGAGUUGAACACGGUUUAGUUCAAAUUCGACUUGUUAUUAAACAAAACAAGUGUUCGAUGAGAUUUUUUCUCAAUAGAACGUUGAGCGUGAGCAUCUUUGCUCAUUUGCAGGGGUGUGCAAUGGUCUGGUCCGUACCAAACACACCGAACUAACCCAACGUUUGGACCAGACCAUACCGAACCGAGUAUUGUGUGGUUCGGUCAUUGGUCCUAUGAAUUUUAUAAUUAUUUAAGAAAACAUGAACCAAAUCAGAUCAAAUGGACUG